AUGGAGUCCUCCACGUUACAGCUGUUGGAUAGCACCGACGCCGUCGUGCGGCUGCGCCACGUGCUCGCCACGCAGCUGCAGCAUGGCUGGAUGGACCUCGCCGCCGCUCGUUACAGUCACGCAUCGUCGCCUCUGGGCGACGGAGGGCUGAUGCAUCUCGUCGGGUGUGCGACGGCGCACAGGACGUCGCCAGGAACGAGAUCUGCGGCGGGUGUGAGUCACGGGAAGCCGUUACCCCUUGCGGGAUUGGCGCAUCCCACCCUGCGAUCGGCGCAGAGCAGAUUCGCACUUGCGCUCGCCGUGGCUGUGGAGGUGGCGUCCUUGCAGCAACAGGUGGCUCGACUUGGGAAGCAGGUUCGAUCAGGGGUCGAAGCAGUGGAGGGUGGCGCAGCGGAGGAGUGA